AUGAAAUUUAUUUUGAGCAAACUGUGGAUUAAGAUCAAUAUUGCACAUAUUAGAUUUAAAAGGGUGGAAACAUAUUGUUUUAUACAGAUGAACGUAAUACAUCUGCAACCAGAUUAUUGAAGAAAUCACAGCAAGAUGGAGAACAUGCAGUUUCAAGAGAGUGGAAUGAUUGUUCCGGAAGGCAACAACCAAAUGAUGAGUUAUGAUUCCUACAAUUAUAAAAAAUAUCCUGAUUUCUCUAAAUUACAUCAUAUUAAAUCUUCCCAAUCACAGAGUUCAGCCCACUACAAAAUAUCACACAUGGGACUUAAUAACAUCAUAGAAAUCUGUGAAAAUCAUGUCAUAGGUCAAACAAAUUCUGUUCAAGAAAUUGUCACACUCUGUUCAAAGAUUUCUGGCUAUGAAUAUUACUGUAAUCAGAUCGUGGCUUUUUGUAAUCAGAUUUUUUCUGAGACGCUAAACAGUAGCCACACCAUAAUUAGUCUGUGUAAAUCCGUUUCACAAAUAGAUUCUUCUUCAGCUUCAACGUUGACAGAUCCUGUGUAUUCUAGUAGUAAUAGUGGUCAUAGUGCCGAUACCUAUAACAAUAGUCAAAUCAUCUACGACGAACCAAGCACAAGCAGUCAAAUUCAAACUACAGAAGACAAGGAGAUAUUCAUAGGAAACAUAGAUUUAAAAACUGGUAAAACAAACAUUAAAAAGAAGAGUCCGGUUUUAGAUGAGAGUAAAACCGUUUCGACAGAGGUAAAGGAGGAAGACAGUCCCGUUCCCGUUCCUGAUCCUGAUCCAGUUGAUCUGGAGAGUGAUCUAGAGUUCCCGGAUGAUGACCUGAAUGAUCCGGAUUUUGAAGAGGAACCCGUAAAGAAGCCACCGCUUGUAAAAUUAUCAAUCUUCAAAUGUCGCACAUGUUCAAAGACAUUUAAAACAGAUAAAAAACUUGAAAAACACAAACAGUCACAUGAUAAGAAAAACAAAAUUUGUCAUUAUUGUAGUCAGCAGUUUAAAGAUUGUAAAACUCUUAAAGAACAUCUGGCAACUCAUGACUCUAAAAACCUCACUUGUGAAAUUUGUGGAAAGACGUUAAAAAAUAGUUACAGCUUAAAAAAUCAUGUGUUAACACACGGUGAUAACAAACCGUUUGCAUGUCCGCAGUGUGAUUUUAAAGGUAUUAAUAAAGCGCGGUUGUCCCUUCACAUGGUCAUCCAUUCUAACGAAAAGAAGUUCCAGUGCGAUAAAUGUGGUAAUCAGUUCGCCCGUAAGAGUGAUCUAAGAAGUCAUAUGCUGCAACAUGUAACAGUCAAAGCUUUUCCGUGUGAAUUAUGUGAGUAUCGAGGUCUGAGUCAGAAACAUUUGGAUAAACACAUGGUGCGUCACUCGGAUGAGAAGAACUAUCAGUGCGACGAAUGUGGUAAACGUUUUCCUCGUCCGGCAUCAUUGAGAAACCAUCUUCGAUCUCAUGCUGGUAUUAAAUCGUAUCAUUGCGACCAGUGUCCGAAAACGUUUACACUUAGUCGUCAUUUAGCUCGUCAUAGAAAAGUUCAUAAAGAGGACAUGCCUUACGCGUGUGAAGUUUGUGGGAAACGAUCGCGACAAGCAUAUAAUAUAACUGUUCACAUGAGAACGCAUAACGGACAUAAACCAUUCUCUUGUGAAAUAUGCGGCAAAAAAUUUGCACAUAAUGUAUCAUUAAGACAGCACAGGAAUUUGUGUGCGAAUAAGAUUGAAAAUACUUCAAGGGUUGUUAGUGAUUUUUUAAACAUGAAUUAUUAAAGAAGAGAUGCAUUUAUACUGAGUAUUAGCCAUUAGGUACAGCAACAAACGUUGACACUGGUGUUAAAGAAAGUAUGGGAGGUAGGCUCCAUUUAUACUGAGUAUUAGCCAUUAGGUACAGCAACAAAUGUUGACACUGGUGUUAAAGAAAGUAUGGGAGGUAGGCUCCAUUUAUACUGAGUAUUAGCCAUUAGGUACAGCAACAAACAUUGACACUGUGUUAAAGAAAGUAUGGGAGGUAGGCUCCAUUUAUACUGAGUAUUAGCCAUUAGGUACAGCAACAAACGUUGACACUGGUGUUAAAGAAAGUAUGGGAGGUAGGCUCCAUUUAUACUGAGUAUUAGCCAUUAGGUACAGCAACAAACGUUGACACUGGUUUUAAAGAAAGUAUGGGAAGUAGGCUCCAUUUAUACUGAGUAUUAGCCAUUAGGUACAGCAACAAACAUUGACACUGGUGUUAAAGAAAGUAUGGGAAGUAGGCACCAUUUGUGAUAUUUGUAGAAAUAUAAAACCUACGCAUGUCGGUGUGUUCAUAAAGGGGCAAUGGAAACUGUAAAUCUUUAUUUGGAAAUGUCAUUGCUGUAAACACAAAAUAUAUGGCACAGAAUAAGCUUGAGCUCUGUGUAAAUUCUAGGACUGCAACGAUAUACCGUGAGAUAGUAUACUGCGAUAUACAUGCCACGGUUCGGUUUACAGUACUUAAAGUUUCGUAUCAUGGUUCGAUAAAACGGUACAGAUUUUUUUAACCGUCCAUAUUCUUCAGAUACUCAACUAUCAUGCAGAGUUAUGUCCCCCUGUAGUUCAUGUAACAAAAGGAAGGAUGGCUUCCGGCAAUGAAACAUUUGCCUCAAGCGAACCACAAAUCACGAAUAUGGGAACAUUUUGUAUUAAAAACGCUAGAUGGAAAAGCUGUGGCUACUUAAGUGGAAUGUCGGCAUUAAAUAUCAAGUACUUGUUUUCAUUUUUUAAGUUAACUUAAAUCACGGAUAUGGGAACAUUUUGUAUUAAAAACGCUAGAUGGAAAAGCUGUGGCUAAUUAAGUGGAAUGUCGGCAUUAAAUAUCAAGUACUUGUUUUCAUUUUUAAGUAAACUUGGAAAGAAAAGGUCUGUGAUGCAUAUCGUAUCGUGAGGUCAAUACCAUGAUACGUAUCAUGAGGUCCAUACCGUGAUACGUAUCGUGAGGUCCAUGCUGUGAUACGUAUCAUGAGGUCCAUACCAUGAUACAUAUCGUGAGGUCCAUGCCGUGAUGCGUAUCGUGAUUCGUGAGGUGCAUAUAGUGAUACGUAUCGUGAGGUCCAUACCAUGAUACGUAACAUGAUUUCCAUAUCGUGAUACGUAUUGUGAGAUCCAUAUCGUGAUACAUAUCAUAUCGUGAGGUCCAUACCGUGAUACAUGCAAAUAUUGUAUCAUGAAUUUGGCGUAUCGUAGCAGCCCUAGUAAAUGCAGCAAAUUUUAUUGAAAUUAUAAAUUAUAGUAUAUGUGUAGUUUAAACUUAACACUAGAAGUGAGUUAACAGUAUAACUCAUAUAUACAUCACCCAUUAUCUUACAAUCAGCACAUUCAAAAGUUUUUGUUAAAAGCAUAAUGAAUUAUUAUUUAAACAUUUAUUAACAUGACAAGCUUAUGAUCAAGCAUCCUGAUCAUCGGAUGGCUUUGAUUAAUUCAGUAGAUUAAAACACAAUCAUCGCCAUUUAAUUAAUUUAUAAAUGGAUAAUCAAGACUUUAUUGUAGUGACAAUACUUGACAAUUGAGACUAUUUUGUGAAAACUUCAAGCACUCAUACCGGUAACUUUGCUAAUAACUGCCAGCUCUUUAUAUCUUACAGAAUGCAUCUCUAAAAAUUGUCAAUGAAUUAUUGUUUGACACAAGGUACUAUUUUAUGGAUACACAAUUAAUGAGUUUAAUACUAAGCGAUGUGGGGAUCACGGUGGCUACGUGGGUAAGGCGCUGGCUCGCUAGCCUGGAGGUCGGGUGUUCGAUCCCUGCAUUGGCCGAGAAAGUUCAUCCCGAUUUUCCGGCGUGGUUCUCCCUUGUCAGUGAUGCAGGACGGAGGGGCUGACAAGGACAGCUGUCUAGUCGUUCGGAUGGGACGAAAAACCGAGGUCCCGUGUACUCAUUGGCGUGCACGUAAAAGAUCCCUUGACAGUUGGAAUUCGAUAUAAGAGUAGGCCGUAGUGCCGCUGUCCGGGCAAAAUUUCCCUCAUAGCACACUGUAUGGCGUAUGCCCGUCUUCAUUAGCCCAGUUCGGAGCAAAACAGUAGGACGUUAAACCCCAUUUCAUUUCAUUUCAUUUCACUAA